CACUUUCAACCCCGGAAGCGUCGCGUUUGCUCUCACGACGUCAAACGUCGCGGACGAGACGUUCCGCUGACGUCACCGGGCUGUAAGCGCGCGGCUCGCUCAGCGUCAUAGACGACGACGUCACGUGUUGCGGUUCGGCGGCGGCCGAGGUGAUUUGUGGCUGCGCCCUUUCCGAAGCGUGACGACGUCAUGGCCGAGCCUCAGGUGCUCGACGCGGCCGAGCAGGCGAACCACCACCACCAGCAGCAGCAGCACCACCACCACCACCGCGACGUCGUCCGCGGUCCCGCCCGCCUGCCGCCGCACGGCCUGCUGCUGCCGCCGCCGCCGCACGGCCUGCUGCUGCUGCUGCCGCCGCUCGGUCCGGCCGCCGCCGGGCGCCCGCCGCCCAAGGGCAGCCCGACUUCCGAGCCGGGCCUGCGCUGGGUGCGCCUCAACGUGGGGGGGACCUACUUCGUCACCACCAAGCAGACUUUGUGCAGGGAUCCCAAGUCGUUCCUGUUCCGACUGUGCCAGGACCACCCGGACCUGGACUCCGACAAAGACAGCACGGGGGCCUUUUUGAUUGACAGGGACCCCACCUACUUUGGGCCCGUUCUGAACUAUCUCCGUCACGGAAAGCUCAUCAUGGACAAGAACCUGGCAGAGGAAGGCGUCCUGGAAGAGGCUGAGUUCUACAACAUCGCCUCCUUGGUGCGUUUGGUGAAGGAGCGCAUACGGGACAACGAGAACCGCACGUCUCAGGGCCCCGUCAAGCACGUCUACCGCGUCCUGCAGUGCCAGGAGGAGGAGCUGACGCAGAUGGUCUCCACCAUGUCGGACGGAUGGAAGUUUGAACAGCUGAUCAGCAUCGGCUCGUCGUACAAUUACGGCAACGAGGACCAGGCGGAGUUUCUGUGCGUGGUCUCGCGGGAACUCAACAACGCGGCCAAUGGCAUUGUCAUCGAGCCCAGCCAGAAAGCCAAGAUCCUGCAGGAACGAGGCUCGCGCAUGUGAGGCCGCCAUCGGAGCUCCGCCCGCAACACCUCUGCGGUCUUCUCCUCUGUCUGUCCCAUUGGAUCUGAUGGGAUGUUACUUCAUGUCCCGUUAGAAGGGAAUCCAUCCAUCCGUCGACCGAGACCCGACACCCCCCCCCCCCCCCCCCUUCCGAGGUGACAAAGGGCGGUGGCGGGUCUCGUCGCAUCUUCGCUGGAAGUGACGCGUGCCGGCUCAUUUCCCGAUUUCCCGUCUGUGUGUCACACGUGCACGUUGGCAUAUCAU